AUGACCUCCCUCUUCCCAGGCUUUCUUACCCGCCUCGCGCGGCCGUUCACGUCAACCUCCUCCCUCCACCUCGCCUCGCCCGCCACCUCCGACUUCCCCGCCGGCGCGCAAACCGCCACCAUCGCCGCCGGCUGCUUCUGGGGCGUCGAGCACAUCUACCGCAAACACUUCGGCAACGGAAAGGGCCUCCUGGACGCCCGCGUAGGCUACACCGGCGGCGCCAUCGAGCACCCGUCCUACCGCGCCGUCUGCAACGGCAACACCGGCCACGCCGAGGCCCUCCAGGUCGUCUUCGACCCGGCCACCGUCUCCUACGCCCAGCUGCUCGAGUUCUUCUACCGCAUGCACGACCCCACCACCGCCAACCGCCAGGGCCCGGACGUGGGGCCCCAGUACCGGAGCGCCAUUUACUGGCACGACGACGAACAGGAGCGCGUGGCGCGCCAAGUCACCCGCAAGGCCAACGAGCAGUGGUACGACGGCAAGAUCGCCACCGAGCUGGUUCCCGCCGGCACCUGGUGGGAUGCUGAGGACUACCACCAGAAGUAUCUGAAUAAGAAUCCUUCUGGGUACGAGUGUCCUAGCCACUUUAUACGGUCAUUCAAGCCUCUUGAGUGA